CAUAUAUACAGUACAUGAUGGAAAUGGAUAAUAGUGACACAAUUGAAUUUAAUUGAUUUUGCGUAGUUUUCGGUCUUUGUCUGUGAGGGGAUGUUAUCGGCGCAUCACGCAUAGGCAAUAUCAAAGACUAUGAGAAGACGGGAAAGCUCAGGCAUUCGCAUGUAAUGGUUAACACACGAGGAAUGCACAAAUUUUGUAGUGCGGUGUAUAGUUGUAUACAGUAGAUGUCACUGUGUGGAGCACGUUAUAUGGUAGUUUACACAUUAAAUAUGACAAUCGGAAUCUGCUCACGAGCACAAUCUACAAAUGGGUAGUCUUAUCAACAUGACAAGUAAAGGACACCCGUGCAUAAUCUGCAAACGGAGAAAGGAUACACAUCCCGGUUUCGUAUUUCAUCGAUUCCCCAAAGAUGAAGAAAAACAUAAAGGUGGGAGAGGGUGGAUGUAACAAAGGGACAUCAGAAGGCCGUCCCACACAGACAUCUCUCACCACAACCUACAAAACAGGAGGCAGAACAGGUCAAGAACAGUCCCUUAAAACUGUACAAUAAGUCAGUGUGAGGAUUAGUGAAUACUGUAUCUUCAGGAGAAGUUUGUAAGCAUGAUUAAUGUAAAUUAUCAACUGUGUAAAUCAUAAGUUACAAAUAUGAAAGUCAAGUUAGUGAUCCUAGGAAACUGAGGAUGAAAAGAAGGUUCACACAAGUGAAUCUUUCUCCUGAAAAUAUUGCACUGUUAAAUGUUGUUUAAAUACAACAUGAUGAUUAUUGUAAUGUUUUACCUUAAACAAGACCUUGUGACUAAUGCUUGUGAUCACUGGUGAGAAAGUUCCAAUACAGUACAGUACAUAAAUGUGGCAAGUGUUUGUCUCCACUGCUUGUGUACUGUUGAGAUAAAGUUAACUUUUGGUUAAGGUUUCCUUGUGCAAGAGUAACCUCCAUAACCACCUACAUGUGGUGACUUAUGAAUAGGAACCAUUUACCUGUGACGACUGGGAUUUAUAUUGUUUUUAUACUUUGAGUAUAUGUCUGAAAGGUCUGUCCAUUGAUGAAAUAUUAUUUUGUACAAACUUUUGUAAAUUACAGUUUGUAAAAGAUGGCUGAUUUUGUUGGUCAAAUGGCCAGACAUGAUGACGAGGGAAAGUGUCUGUGUGUAUAUUGUGGUAAUGAUGCUUUACAAACGCAUACCUAUAUGACUGAACACGCUGAUGUGAUAGAUAUUAAAUAUGAAGAAGUUGAUGAAAGCUUUGACAGUAACUGUGAAACAACACAACAUGUGGCUCUGCUUGCUGAGAAAGAUAUCAAGUGUGAAGCAUUUGAUGUAAGUUAUAACAGUAACUCUGAUGAGACACAACAUGUGACUGUUGAUGGGAAAGAUAUCAAGUGUGAAGCAUUUGAUGCAAGUUUUAACAGUAACUCUGAUGAGAGACAACAUGUGACUGUUGCUCAGGAAAAUGUUAAAUGCCAAGGAAUUGGUAAAUGUUAUAACAGAGAGAAUCAGCUGAAGGAACAUAUGGUACACAGUGAGAACAAUUUGGAGUGUAGUAAAAGGAUUUAUUCACAGUACAAUCAUGUAAACCAGCAUUUGGAUAUGCUCACUGCAGAGAAAAAAUAUAAGUGUGAAGAGUGUGGGAAAAGUUAUUACAGAAAGUGUGAGUUGAAGGAACAUAUGUUUGUACACACUGGUAAGAAAACUUUUAAGUGUGAAGAGUGUGGUAAAACGUUUUACAGAAAGGAUCAUCUUCUGAGACAUAUGUUAGUGCACACUGCUGAGAAACCUUUUAAGUGUGAAGAGUGUGGUAAAACGUUUUACAGAAAGGAUCACCUAAAGAAUCAUAUGUUAUUGCACACUGCUGAGAAACCUUUGAAAACUUUGGAGUGUGAAGAGUGUGGGAAAAGUUACUACAGAAAGCGUGAACUGGAGGAACACAUGCUUGCACACACUGGUGAGAAAAGUGUUAAGUGUGAAAAGUGUGGGAAAAGUUUCUACACAAAGAAGAGUCUGAAGAGGCAUUUAGUUGUACACACUGAUGAGAAACCUUUUAAGUGUGAAGAGUGUGGUAAAAGUUUUUCCAGAAAUGAAGUUCUGAAAAAACAUUUGCUUAUACACAAUGGUGAGAAAAUUUUUAAGUGUGAAGAGUGUGGUAAAAGUUAUUACGUAAAGUAUAGGCUGAAGGUACACAUGCUUGUACACAAUGGUGAGAAAAAUUUUAGGUGUGAAGAGUGUGGUAAAAGUUUUUAUGCGAAGGACAUUCUGAAGAGGCAUUUAGUUGUACACACUGGUGAGAAACCUUUUAUGUGUGAAGAGUGUGGUAAAAGUUUUUCCAGAAAAGGUGAUCUCAAGAAACAUUUGGUUACAUGCACUGAUUAGGAAUUACUGUGUGGUUUACCUUAACUUUAACAAAGUCUUCAACAGAGUCCCCCAUGAAAGACUAAUAUUUAAAGUGGAGGCUCAUGGAAUUGGAGGUGAUAUUCUAAAUUGGAUUGGAGCGUGGUUACAGGACAGGAAACAGCGAGUCAGCAUUAACUGCACUAAAUUUGAUUGGGGUAACAUCACUAGUGGCAUACCCCAAGGCUCAGUACUUGGACCAUUACCAUUUAUUACAUAUGGUACAUAAACUACAUAGUUAUGGGCAUAGACAGCAACAUUAAGUAAAUUUGCUGACAACACUAAAAUAAGGUAAAUAAUUAAAUCUGACAAGGACUGCAAAAUUACAGGAAGAUCUAUGCAAAUUUUUUGCAUGGUCUGAGAAAUGGCAGAUGAAAUUUAAUGGGGAAAAAUGUAAAGUACUUAGCCUAGGAGAUGUAAAUAGAAACCAGAUAUCAGAUGAACAACGUUAUUAUACAGAAUUCUGACUGAGAAAGAUUUAUGAGUAAUGAUAAGUAGGAAUCCUAAACCAAGACAACUGUGUAUAUAUUUUUUUUUUAUAUAUACAGUCGCCGCAAAAGAAAUGUUGACAUUGUGUUCACCUUGAGAUUUGGAGGAGAAUAAAAAUUAAAAACAUGA